GGCAUUUUUUUUUAAUUAGAGAGUGAGAAAGAGGGAUAAAGGCAAGAAAAACACAUUGAAACGCAAGCAUCUUGCUCCAAAAGAAGUGGAUCUCAUAUUUCUCUGGUGCUUUAUUGACUGCAGAUAAAACACAACAAAGCCGGGAAUCAAAUGAUUCCAUCUCAAGAGAAGAAAUCUCAACUCGACGCCAUUGCUGGUGAAAAGUGUCGAUUGUAGUAGUUCAAUUGCGGGAUCUAUGAGGAGGAGGAGGAUUCGGUGGAGAUUCAGAAUAGAAAGGGAAAUCAAAAAGUUGUGAUGUGAAAAUUAGUCUGCGGUUCCAAUUUUAUUUUAGAGCGAUCGUCUUCUAGAUUAUUUGUUGGGGGGCAUCGACAUUUUUUAUUGACUGGGGAGAGGAAGUGAUGGAGUCUCGAAUGGAUCAGUAUGAGAUCAUGGAGCAGAUCGGUCGCGGUGCCUUUGGCGCUGCCAUUCUCGUUCAUCACAAGUCCGAGAAGAAGAAGUAUGUGUUGAAGAAGAUCCGGCUUGCACGGCAAACUGAGCGAUGCAGGAGAUCUGCUCAUCAAGAAAUGGCUCUUAUUGCGCGAAUUCAACACCCUUACAUUGUAGAAUUCAAAGAAGCAUGGGUUGAGAAGGGUUGCUACGUUUGCAUUGUCACUGGAUACUGUGAAGGCGGUGACAUGGCUGAAUUAAUGAAAAAAUCAAAUGGUGUAUAUUUUCCUGAGGAGAAACUCUGCAAGUGGUUCACACAACUACUGCUAGCUGUUGAAUAUCUGCAUGUCAAUUUCGUUCUCCAUCGUGACCUUAAAUGUUCCAACAUCUUUCUUACCAAAGAUCAGGAUGUUCGCCUUGGGGAUUUUGGACUUGCUAAAACGUUGAAAGCAGAUGACUUGGCCUCCUCGGUGGUUGGAACUCCGAAUUAUAUGUGUCCUGAACUCCUUGCAGAUAUUCCUUAUGGUUUCAAAUCAGACAUUUGGUCUUUGGGAUGCUGUAUGUAUGAGAUGGCUGCUCAUCGCCCUGCUUUUAAAGCUUUUGACAUGGCAGGACUGAUAAGUAAGAUAAAUCGCUCCUCAAUUGGCCCUUUGCCUUCUUGCUACUCUCCAGCCUUGAAAAUGUUGAUCAAAGGCAUGCUGAGAAAGAACCCUGAGCAUCGACCUAGUGCUUCAGAGGUUUUGAAGCAUCCUUACUUGCAGCCUUAUGUUGAUCAGUAUCGUCCAUCCUUCACUCCCCCAGCUACCUGUUCCCCUGAGAAGCCCAUUUCUAACUGUCAGGAUUCCCGGAAAAAUAUGGCUGAAAGCCAGAACAGUAAUAGUUCUAGUAGUGAUAAAGAUAGUUUGCUUUCCAGUGAUAGAAAUGUCCCAGUAAUGGUCUCAAAUUGUGAGCACAAAGCCUGUGAUACAGAUUUAGCUUCUAUUGAUGAUGAAGAUGAUGAUGAACAGCACAUGCCAAGUAAAGAAGGAAAUAGCCCCAACUUAUGCACUGUUAAGACGGAUGAAAAUAGGAUGGUGAAACCAUGUCAUGAUGAGCAUGGAUCCAGUGUUGAAUCAAAGCAACCAAAGACCAUUAGAAGUAUUAUGUUGGCCUUAAAAGAAGGAAAAGCUAGAGAAAAUGGUUCUCCAAUGAGAGGCAACCGUAUAAAGGUUGCAGGUUCUCAAAGAAGUAACACUGAAGUGCCUCCCAAAGUUCUCAAACCCAAUGCCCUUACUUCUGGUUUGAAGGCUAAUGCAGAUGCACCAACUAUUUCUCCAUCAAAGGUUGCUUUUGAUUCCGCAAAGCGGAUUCAAGGAUCACAUCCUUUGAAGCACCAGUUACCAAUAAUUGACUCUACGCCAAAGAUUAAACCUAGAAAUGAUGGUUUUCCUCCAUCUGGUCCAUUAAAGCAUGUUGAUGAUGGACUUCCUGUAAAGCAAGGACAAAAAACUCCUCCUUCCAAUCUGGUUAGGCGAUGUGCAUUUUCUGGACGGACAAGGCAGGUGGGAACUGAUGUUCCAAAUGGCAUCACUAACACCAUGAAAUUAAGUCCAACUGAGAUAACCCAAGAACCUGAAAAUACUCAUUAUCAAGUUCCUGAUGGUCCUCUUUUACAUUAUCCAAAUGUGGUAAGAGAAGAGACUCAGAAGGCUGUAGUUGGAGCUUCCAGAGGAAUGCAAACAGAUAGAAGUAAUUCUGUCUCAUCUUCAGUGUCAGUUCAAGCAUUUGAGCUUUGUGAUGAUACAACAACUCCAUUUGUCGACAUGACUGAACAAACAAUUCCUCAUGCUGAGCUCAUGAAAAACUUAGAAUUACAUGCACCCAGCUGCUCACUUGCUUCCUCUUCACAUUCCAAGUCAUCAAAUUUGUCUGAGGAAAACUGUGGAUGUGGUUAUAAAUCUGUAGCUCACUCAUCUGAAACCUCAAAGCCUGGGGUGGUCCUUGAUCCUCAGAAGAAUACUGUUGCUGGUGAUGGAAAAGUGAGUUCAAGUGCCACUCUGGAUCCAUCAGUCACAAUCUCUGAAGAAGUUCCAAUUUGUGAAGAUGAUACCCUCACUAGCAGGCCUGAUAAUGUGGUCCAAUCAAAUCUUGCAUCUACAUCUAGUGGUGAUGACAAGUUCACUGUAAGAGAACUUCUAUCAUCAGUUCCACAAACUGCUUCUGUUGCCUCGGUAAUAUCUACUAGCCCGAAGAAUUUUCAGCCAGAGAAAGGAGUCAUUUUGCAAAACCCAAUGACUGAGAAGCCAAGUGCUGGACAUCUUCCUCCUGCUUUUGAUGAUGUUAUACAUGUUAUUCGGCACAGUAGUUUUCGUGUUGGGAGUGAGCAGCCAGUUAUGGAAACUGUGGAGAUGGGGGUUCAAAAUGUGGAUGUUGGGAAGCUAUUAAAUGUAGUAAGAGAUGAAUUGGAGAUGAGAAACAUGACUACACCUGUGACGCUUAAGUCAUCAAGUUGUGCUGAAACUAUGGGUUCAAAAUCAACUAUCUCAGAUCAUUCUUUGAAAUCAAAUAUUUCAGAUCAUUCUGGCACUAAGGAAAUGGAUAAUAAAAAUGUGAUUCCUUCAGUUCCAACAUCAGGUGCUUCUGAGCCAACAAAACCCAACUCCCUCGUUAUAGAAGAGGAAGCACCAGCAAAGGAAACUUUAGAUGUUAAGUCCUUUAGGCAGAGGGCGGAGGCACUUGAAGGGCUUUUAGAAUUGUCUGCUGAGUUGCUGGAGCAAAACAGAUUGGAAGAGCUUGCUGUAGUUUUGAAACCUUUUGGGAAAGACAAGGUUUCCCCAAGGGAGACAGCUAUCUGGUUGGCAAAGAGUCUUAAAGGAAUGGUGUUGAAGACAGUGGAUGGAGCUCAUGAAUCAUGAUAUCCAUGGUAAGCAAGCUCUUAUUGUAUGUGUAUCGAGAUGUCCAUUUAUUUUUGCUUUUUAAUGAUUUUUCCACAUUUAAGGUCCAUUGAAUUUUUAAAGAGAACAAACAGGCCUUGUCUCCUCCUCCUCCUUCUGCUUCCUCUCUUUUUUUUUUUUUUUGUAAUUAUUCCUUGUGAACUUCAUUUUUGUACAUAAUGACCAUACAAAUUAUGUAUCCUGGUGAAAUGUAUGGGUAUGCUGUCUUAAGUGAAGAAUGCAAGGUUUGGGUGCAAUCAGUAGGCAACGUUAUUAGUAUUCAUGGCUGAUCAAACUAAAAGGAGCUGGCUUCCUACUAAGUUGGAAUUUCUUGGAUAAGUUGUGGAAACCAAUAGAUGAUAAUAUGGAAUUCGUCUUAGUUUUAUGAAUAGAUUGAAGUAAAUUUACUGUAUUGGCCAUUGCAUGUUGGAGGUCACAAGAAGUCAAAGGCAAUGAAAGAUGACGUAUAAGCUUUGAUCUUUUGUCUUGUUCUGCUGCUUGGCUGUAUUCAAGGACUUGCAAUUUAUGAUUUUUUCAUAUUAUAUAUAGUUGUUAGGUGAAAGGAGAUUGGAUCAUUCUGGUAAUUUGGUUGAUAAUGGAUGCUGGAUUCAUUGAGGUCAGAAAUUAGGGAAGGGAUUUAAAUUCUGUCCACCUCUCAUCAUACAAGUUCUGUUGUAAAAUUCUUUUUAAGUAUUACGAAACAAAACUUCUUGGAAAACAGGGUCUGGCAUUAUUUAGGAGGAAUUAUAUAUUUAUUAAUACUAUUCUAGAGGUUUGGUGGAGGUUGCGCUUCAUUGUGGAGACAAAUAGUUUUGUCGUUUAAGAGAGUAAUUAUUGAACGAAAACAAUUUUGUAGGUAGAGGAUGAGCAGUGGUGGAGUGACAUAAAACUGGAUCAGUUUGUUUGCAUAAGUGCGUGUACAUAGAUCAUAUUGUUGUCUAUUUUUACGCACUUCUAUGCCACUUUUUAUGAGAAAUUAUAUCUUAUUACUUUGAUUUCAUAUAAACAAUUCUACAUGAAUCCGUGCACCUGAAAACAAGAGGAGAUUCCCUACAAAGUAAAAAAGGGGGUGGAGGUGCGCUAUUUCCACAACACAUCAUUGAAUCUUCCUUGUGCAUUAGCGGUCAGCAUUGGACCAGGCAAAAGGUGGGCCUUUUUAAAUUUGAUGUGGCAUACCAGAUGUCACGAGUAGGGGAUUGUUUUGAUAUUAAUGUGUUCUCUUCCUUGGGAUGCUUACAUUUGUGUGACGACAACUUCGAGUAACAUUGUGUGGUCUAGUCUCUACGUUCGAGUGACGUGGUGGUUGCAUAGGAAGCUUCACGGCAAGGGCGUCAGGAUGCUUGCUUCGAAUUUUCCUCGGAAGAAUACGCGUCUCCUGGGAUUUAUUUAACCUGGAUUUAUUUAAAAGGGCCAUCUCUCUUGCCCUUGGUUAUCUUGAAAUAAAACGGUACAUCUCGUCGACAUUAACUACUUUGUGACUUCCUCAGACACAAGCUUGGGCCAACCGAUAAUCUUUUAUAUGGAUCCUAACAGCCUUCCAAUUUCUAGUCCUGGUAGUUACGGACUACAGCCGCCAUCCGCAACGCUGCAAAUAAAUUCCGCAGCCGCUCGGCCUAAUCAAUCACGGAGUUUCCAUAACUGUAUUACCCGUUUGAUGCUGUUACUUGUUAUGUCAUUUCUUACAUUAAGCUUUGUCAGCGCCGUCAUAUGGCUUGUCAUUGAUCCGCAUGAUCCCACUUUCGGACUCAACUCUCUCUGCAUAUCCAACAUCACCCUUUCUGAUAGUCAAUUUACUGCAAAUUAUGACAUAGAAUUCUCUGUAAAUAAUACAAACAAGAAGGUAAACCUUGUCAUUGACGAUGUCAAAGUUACUGUGUCCUACGGAAGAGCCAUCAUCUCGCUGAGAGUUUUGGAAGCAAUUAGCGUCUCCGUUCCAAAGACGACUCAGGAAAAGUUGAUGGUAGUUUUAGACAGGCACUCGGUUCACUCGAUCAAAAACAGGGUGUUCAAGGAAAUAAGUGAUGAUUGGAGCAAAAAGAUUGUCAAUUUCAAUGUCGGAUUAUUUGUCAGAACUAAAUACGAUCUUGGCGUUUGGCCUACCAAGAAGAGAUUUUUCCAUGUUUCGUGUCUGGCUUUAACUGUUGAAUUCCUAUCUACCAAGAGGACAGGGAAGCUCAUGAGUGCAGCGAAAGGCUGCUCACUUCAUUUGAAUUGAUGGAGUCCUUUUUUCCUCGUAUUUUUCUUAAUCAUCUAUCCCUAUUAAUUAACUGUUGAAUUAAUUAUUUAUUUAUUGGUUUC